UUUCAGGUGUACAAAGCUUUGGGAGUUACAUAACGUAAAAAGUAGUGCUACAAUUAAUAAGCUUCAGUCAUGGGUCGUAUGCAUAAUCCUGGCAAGGGUAUUUCACAGUCAGCUUUGCCCUAUCGUCGAUCCGUACCAACUUGGCUCAAGCUUACAAGUGAGGAAGUUCAGGAGCAAAUUACUCGUCUUGCGAAAAAGGGUUUACGUCCUUCGCAGAUUGGCGUAAUACUACGUGAUUCACAUGGCGUUGCACAGGUUCGACGUGUUACCGGUAACAAGAUUGUACGCAUCCUGAAAGCUAAAGGCAUGGCACCUGAAAUCCCAGAAGAUCUAUACCACCUAAUUAAGAAAGCAGUUAACAUUCGCAAGCAUUUGGAGCGAAAUCGCAAAGAUAAAGAUUCAAAGUAUAGACUGAUUCUCGUCGAAUCACGUAUCCAUCGCUUGGCUCGAUAUUACAAAACGAAACGCCAGUUGCCAGCUACGUGGAAGUACGAAUCGUCGACGGCGUCAGCACUUGUUUCAUAAAAUGGAUAAUUUCGUUUUACUGUUGCCAGUUUGCCUGGGUUUUCCUUGAGAAGAAAUUUUUUAAGAAAUAAAUAUUUGCUUAUUGUUUAUACGUACAUAGAUGCUUUAUUGCAAAAUAUUAAAUCCACAAUUGGAAUCUAUCGAUAAUGGUUUCAUUAAGUACUGACUGAUGAUGUGGAAUUUGCAAUAAAUGAUGGCUUAAGCCCAGUGAGGUUGUAUGUUAC